AAGAGGGACUCUGCGUUUCCACUUGUCGAGCGUCAGCCCUCCCUCCCUAGAUGGAAACUGGACAGGUUGAGCUCGUCCAGCAACGCGCCACGGCGCCUGUGGCUCCUCCCCCGCCUCACGUUCGGCCUCCCGGGGAAAACCUUCCCCUCCUGGUCGUCGGCCCAGGGGACGACAUCGGUGAAGCGCAAGAUCAAGCCUGGCGCGGUGAGCAAAAACGCAGCGGCACCAUUGAAGUUGGAGGUUGAACUGUCUCUCGCUUUCUAUGCAGGUCGUUGGAGUGAUGGCCUGUGCGACUGCUUUUCCGACUGGCCCAGCUGCUUACUGGGGUGGCUGGGGUCGUUCUGCGGCCUGGGUUACAUGAAGGUGACCACCAUGGCUAGCUAACACAUGUACACCUUCUUGUCUUCCUUGUCACUCAUUCUCUCGCUGUGUUGGAUGGCAUGGCAUGGCAUGCAGGCCUGGGGUCUGGGAGAGACCAAAAUCCUGUCGUUGCGUGUGGGGCUGCUGGUGUUCAUCGGCUUGCCGUUGUUCGGCUUCGCUGUCUACAUGGUGAUCACCAUCUGCAUGAUGAUCUGGAUCAUCACAACGGAGGAAUCGAUAGCAGCUCACGAUGACGGCCAGCUCGUGCCUGGCCGCAGCCACAACAACCACACCGUGUUCGACCACAGUGCCCUGGUGAACCAAACUCACUACCACGGAAAUGGAACCGCGGCGGCCCAUGAGCCUCCCUUCGACUCCGAUUUCCCAUUCAUCGCACUCGCCAUGUUGUGGAUUGUGAGGCCGGUAAUCUGGAUUCUCGUGUGGGUGGUCGUGUUUGUCGUCGCUCUCGUCUACCGUACCAAGCUGCGCAGGUCAGGCAGGCAGGCACAAAGAGAAGAGUUGCGUGCGACGGGCAACCAUCUCUGUCUGUCUGUCUGUCUGUCGUUUCCUGUGUUGGUUUGUCGUGCAGGCACUACGACAUCGAGGCCGGUGACAGCUGUGGCGACUGCUGUAUGGUCUUCUGGUGCUGGCCGUGCAGCAUAUGCCAGGAGUACAGGUGUGUGAAAAUACAACACACUUGGCUCUCGUCUUGUGUUUUCCUGCAUCCAUUUGUGCGUCUAUCGUUGCCUGCAGGCACGUGAUGAGGGCUCGUGGCUACAAGCGUGACCUGGCGCCUCCCGGCGAGGCGCGGAUGGUCGCCCUUCAGCCUGGCACAAGGUUCGUCUACGCUCGGCCGCAGCCAUACGCCCCCCAUGAGGACACUACGGAGGCCACCAUACCAAGCAGCGGCAGGAUGGGUUGAUUGGUUGACUGAUUGAUGGGGGUGUUGGUGUUUGUCGUCUCGUGUGUGUCCGUGCGUGCGCGUGGUGGCCAGAUGGUGCCAACCUGAACACGGCCCGGCCAACAACCAACAGACGGGCACACACACACACACACAGAGGAGGAGGAGGAGGAGGAGGAGAGGGGGGGGAGGGGGGAAGGCUGUCUAUGUGUCUGUACAGGAAAGGUGCACGCGAGAAGCUGACCACUGUGUGGGGAUAUUCUGUUCAUAGUUUGCCUGUGUUGUGUGUGGAAGGACACUGGAUGGGCGUGUGUGUGGAGGACGGCAGGUGGAACCGAGCUCCUUCCCAUGUCGGUGCCUAGGGGAGCUCUAAGUAGAACACCUAUGGUCUCCUUCCAAAGCGCAAUCGCAUCUUCAUCAAUGUCAAAGAAACGCUUUGCUUUGCCUUUGAGCAGCGUCGCCUGGUCGUUGAGAAUGGGCAGCAUCUUCCUGAAGACAGGCAGACACAAACAGAGAGAGAUCUCAGCUGGGGAGCCUUCUGGCUGCUUCUCGC